AUUGAAUCAUAUGUUGAAAAAAGACAAGGUACCACCUACGGACCCCCAAACCAACGAUCAAUGACUGUAUUUAUAGAUGACAUUAACAUGCCAGUUAUCAAUGAAUGGGGUGAUCAAAUUACGAAUGAGAUUGUUCGUCAAAUGAUUGAGCAACGUGGAUUUUAUUCUUUAGAUCGCCCAGGAGAUUUUUCUACUAUUAUGGAUAUUCAAAUGCUGUCAGCCAUGAUUCACCCAGGUGGAGGUCGCAAUGAUAUCCCAAAUCGUUUAAAGCGUCAUUUGUCUAUAUUCAAUUGUACGUUACCAAGCAAUAACUCUAUAGACCAAAUUUUUAAAAGUAUUGGUGUUGGCUAUUUUUCCCCGAGUCGAUUUGAAGAAGAUGUUGUACAGAUAAUACCAUUACUGGUACCCCUGACUCGAGUUUUUUGGCAAAACGUUAAGAUCAAAAUGUUGCCUACUCCAGCAAAUUUCCACUAUGUGUUUAACUUAAGAGACCUCUCACGUAUUUGGGAAGGCGUUCUAAAAGUUAAGAGCGAAGAAUGUAACACUGUAGAUCAGGUGCUGAAAUUAUGGUGUCACGAGUGCACCCGAGUAAUUGCAGAUCGUUUUACCGUUGAGAAAGAUAAAAUUUGGUUUUUAACUCGUAUGCGCAUUGAUGCAGAAUUUUAUCUAGAAGAGCUUUAUGAUCAUUUUCCUGAAGAAGCAUCUUAUUGGGUAGACUUUUUGCGGGAUGCCCCGGAGCCAAUGGAAGAUGACGAUGAGGAUAUUUCAUUAGAGCCCCCUAAGAUCUAUGAGGAAAUACCAAGUUUUGAAUUUGUACGAAGUAAAGUCAUGUUCUUCAUGUCACAAUUUAAUGAGUACAUACGUGGCCUUAACAUGGAUCUUGUAUUUUUCUCAGAUGCACUAAAACAUUUAAUGAUAAUUUCCCGUAUACUUAGUAAUCCUCGUGGCAAUGCGCUGCUGGUGGGCGUGGGUGGGUCGGGUAAACAGAGUUUGACUCGACUUGCUUCAUUUAUAGCAGGAUACAAAUUUUUUCAAAUUACUUUAACACGUUCCUACAACACCGGUAAUUUAACUGAUGAUCUAAAGUUUAUGUAUCGAACUUCUGGCUUAGAAGGCAGCGGCAUGACCUUCAUAUUUACAGAUAACGAAAUUAAAGAAGAGUCAUUUUUAGAAUUUAUUAAUAACAUUUUAAGCUCUGGUGAAAUAGCUAAUCUGUUUGCCAAAGAUGAGAUGGACGAAAUUUACAAUGAACUUAUCCCAAUCAUGAAAAAACAACAACCAAGAAGGCCACCAACUCAAGAAAACCUAUAUGAUUUUUUCAUAACGCGCGCACGAUCUAAUCUUCAUAUAGCUCUCUGCUUUUCGCCGGUCGGGGAGAAAUUUCGACUGCGUUCACUUAAAUUCCCUGGCCUUAUUUCCGGUUGUAUAAUUGAUUGGUUUCAGAAAUGGCCAAUAGAUGCAUGUGUGGCAGUAUCCCGUCACUAUCUUGGCGAGCUGGAACUUAUAUGUAGUGACAAGGUUAAAGAUCAGGUCGUUGAUAUUAUGAGUUGGAUUCACGAAUCUGUACAAGAUGCAUGCUUUAGUUAUUAUGAUCGUUUUCGCCGCUUAACAUUUGUCACACCCAAAUCUCUAAUAGCGUUUUUAGAAAGCUACAAAAUUCUUUACAAACAAAAGCAAAAUCAUAUUGUCAUAAUGUCGGAACGUAUGAGCUCUGGCUUAGACAAACUAGAUGAGGCAGGUGCUUCUGUCUCUGUGCUUAAAAAGGAUUUAGUUGAAAUGAAUAAAGUUAUUGCAUUAGCUACUUCGGAAGCAGAAGAAGUCUUAGCAACUGUGGAACAAUCCAAAGGAGCAGCUGAAAUUGUUAAAGUUGAAGUGGCACAAAAGAAAGGUUCAGCGGAAGUUCUCGUAAAAAAUAUAUCUGCUGUAAAACAAGUGGCAGAAGCCAAGUUAGAAAAGGCGUUACCUGCUUUGGAAGAAGCCGAAGCAGCACUUAAAACUAUUAAAGCGGCAGAUAUUGCUACUGUUCGCAAGCUUGGAAAACCCCCAUACUUGAUUACUCUUAUUAUGGAUUGUGUCUGUAUAUUAUUCCGCCGCCAGAUUAAACCUAUUCGUCCUGAUACGGAGAAGACUUUUAUACAAAGUUCCUGGGAUGAGUCCCUUAAGGUGAUGUCGGACACCAGCUUCCUUAGAAAAAUCGUUGAAUACCCAACUGACUUAAUCAAUGCUGAAAUGGUUGACAUGAUGAUCCCAUAUUUUCAGUAUCCGUAA